AUGGAACACGUCCAGAUUUCACCAAGAGGAGGUGACAUCGUACGUAAACUAAAACAAAGAGAGGCAUUCUGGCAGCACUCCUUAGACACUGUGGAUCCUAAGGGGCAGUACUCCUUAGACACUGUGGAUCCUAAGGGGCAGUACUCCUUAGACACUGUGGAUCCUAAGGGGCAGUACUCCUUAGACACUGUGGAUCCUAAGGGGCAGUACUCCUUAGACACUGUGGAUCCUAAGGGGCAGUACUCCUUAGACACUGUGGAUCCUAAGGGGCAGUACUCCUUAGACACUGUGGAUCCUAAGGGGCAGUACUCCUUAGACACUGUGGAUCCUAAGGGGCAGCACUCCUUAGACACUGUGGAUCCUAAGGGGCAGCACUCCUUAGACACUGUGGAUCCUAAGGGGCAGUACUCCUUAGACACUGUGGAUCCUAAGGGGCAGUACUCCUUAGACACUGUGGAUCCUAAGGGGCAGUACUCCUUAGACACUGUGGAUCCUAAGGGGCAGUACUCCUUAGACACUGUGGAUGUUUCACUGUCCUCAUUUCUAUAAUGGUGUUGCCUUGAUGUUUUGGGUCUCUGUGUCUCCAGAUUCACAGACAACCAAAUAUCACCUAUGUAUAUGUUGACAUGGCCUAUUGAUUAACCAGACACACUAUUUAUAUUUUUAUUUUGUGCUAUAAUUUGCCAUUUACCUUGAAACAUAUUAUCGUUAUAGUUGUUUUAUAUAGUUGUGUCUCAGUGGGCCACUAGGGUAUAAAUAGGUGCUAUGUGCAAUGGUCAGGUCACUCUGAGGAAGACGUCAGGUCACUCUGAGGAAGACGUCAGGUCACUCUGAGGAAGACGUCAGGUCACUCUGAGGAAGACGUCAGGUCACUCUGAGGAAGACGUCAGGUCACUCUGAGGAAGACGUCAGGUCACUCUGAGGAAGACGUCAGCUUGACAUCGAAAUGUCAGUCCCCUGUCCUCGUCCUGUACGGUGGAUUAAAGUGACCAAUAAGAAAUCAAUCUCAACAAAUCUUUUUUUGUUGAGCGCUCCAUCUUCUUUUUUACAUCAAAUGAGUCCUUCUGGAAGUGUUUCUUGGUAAGUGCUUCUGGAAGUGUUUCUUGGUAAGCCCUUCUGGAAGAGUUUCUUGGUAAGCCCUUCUGGAAGUGUUUCUUGGUAAGCCCUUCUGGAAGUGUUUCUUGGUAAGCCCUUCUGGAAGUGUUUCUUGGUAAGCCCUUCUGGAAGUGUUUCUUGGUAAGCCCUUCUGGAAGUGUUUCUUGGUAAGCCCUUCUGUAAGUGUUUCUUGGUAAGCCCUUCUGGAAGUGUUUCUUGGUAAGCCCUUCUGUAAGUGUUUCUUGGUAAGCCCUUCUGGAAGUGUUUCUUGGUAAGCCCUUCUGGAAGUGUUUCUUGGUAAGCCCUUCUGGAAGUGUUUCUUGGUAAGCCCUUCUGGAAGUGUUUCUUGGUAAGCCCUUCUGGUGAUUUUUGUCCUUGUUUUUGAGCAUCCCUCCUUUCCUUUGUUUGCUGAAGGCCACCUGAACCCUGGACUGUAUUGUAUGGACAUGACUUACUCUCUUGGUUACUGUGAGGGGCGGUUUCAUGUUGUGGGGCAACAGUGCCCCCUCCUGGAAACCACUUCUAGUCAGUUUCAUUUUUCUGGAAAAUGAAAGCUUCAAGGGCCAAUAGCUCUGCUCAUAGAUGACAAAAAAACAAACCACACAAGUUUGAAGCAUUUAUCCUUUGCAAUGUGGGCCUAUUCAAGAGGAAUUCGAUGUUUAGGUGAUGAUUGGAUUAAAUAAAUGGCACAGUGUGCCUGGUCAGUGAAGCGUUCGCACACACACACACACACACACAUACACACACAUACACACAAAAACACACACACACAGGUUGAGCUUGGGUUUCUCAUCCAAAGGGCACGGCCACUUGUCGUCAGUCAGCUGGAUAAGGCCAUUGUUCCUUCCAGCCACUAGGCAGUCACACCCCUUGUGUCCAAUAUCUGACCAUAUUAAUGGAACGAGACAACUAGGCUGCAGAUGAAACACAGCCCCUGCUAGGCCACGAUUAGCCACUAGCUAACACAGCCCCUGCUAGGCCACGAUUAGCCACUAGCUAACACAGCCCCUGCUAGGCCACGAUUAGCCACUAGCUAACACAGCCCCUGCUAGGCCACGAUUAGCCACUAGCUAACACAGCCCCUGCUAGGCCACGAUUAGCCACUAGCUAACACAGCCCCUGCUAGGCCACGAUUAGCCACUAGCUAACACAGCCCCUGCUAGGCCACGAUUAGCCACUAGCUAACACAGCCCCUGCUAGGCCACGAUUAGCCACUAGCUAACACAGCCCCUGCUAGGCCACGAUUAGCCACUAGCUAACACAGCCCCUGCUAGGCCACGAUUAGCCACUAGCUAACACAGCCCCUGCUAGGCCACGAUUAGCCACUAGCUAACACAGCCCCUGCUAGGCCACGAUUAGCCACUAGCUAACACAGCCCCUGCUAGGCCACGAUUAGCCACUAGCUAACACAGCCCCUGCUAGGCCACGAUUAGCCACUAGCUAACACAGCCCCUGCUAGGCCACGAUUAGCCACUAGCUAACACAGCCCCUGCUACGAUUAGCCACUAGCUAACACAGCCCCUGCUAGGCCACGAUUAGCCACUAGCUAACACAGCCCCUGCUAGGCCACGAUUAGCCACUAGCUAACACAGCCCCUGCUAGGCCACGAUUAGCCACUAGCUAACACAGCCCCUGCUAGGCCACAAUUAGCCACUAGCUAACACAGCCCCUGCUAGGCCACGAUUAGCCACUAGCUAACACAGCCCCUGCUAGGCCACGAUUAGCCACUAGCUAACACAGCCCCUGCUAGGCCACGAUUAGCCACUAGCUAACACAGCCCCUGCUAGGCCACGAUUAGCCACUAGCUAACACGGCCCCUGCUAGGCCACGAUUAGCCACUAGCUAACACAGCCCCUGCUAGGCCACGAUUAGCCACUAGCUAACACAGCCCCUGCUAGGCCACGAUUAGCCACUAGCUAACACAGCCCCUGCUAGGCCACGAUUAGCCACUAGCUAACACAGCCCCUGCUAGGCCACGAUUAGCCACUAGCUAACACAGCCCCUGCUAGGCCACGAUUAGCCACUAGCUAACACAGCCCCUGCUACGAUUAGCCACUAGCUAACACAGCCCCUGCUAGGUCACGAUUAGCCACUAGCUAACACAGCCCCUGCUAGGCCACGAUUAGCCACUAGCUAACACAGCCCCUGCUAGGCCACGAUUAGCCACUAGAUAACACAGCCCCUGCUAGGCCACGAUUAGCCACUAGCUAACACAGCCCCUGCUAGGCCACGAUUAGCCACUAGCUAACACAGCCCCUGCUAGGCCACGAUUAGCCACUAGCUAACACAGCCCCUGCUAGGCCACGAUUAGCCACUAGCUAACAUCAAUUCAGCAUUUGUUUGAUCAAAUGUCCUUAUUGCGCUGAUAUUGCAAAGUUAACAGAAUUUGCUCUCUGGUGAGGUUCCACGUGAAACCAAAUAGAAGAGAUGAGAUUAUUUCUGUUUGACAUUUGGGAUCCCGCCGUGUUGCCACGGCACGUUUUAUCUCUCACAAUCUGGUGGUAGAUCAAAUAUUACCUUCAGAGAAUUAAGGUAUAAGUCAAACUAAGGAGUGGAUCUUCAGAAAUUGCAUGGAUCCUGGUGAAAAGAGCAGCGCCCCUAUUCAUAAAGAGUCAAGAGUGCUGAUCUAGGAUCACGUCCUUGCACAUUUUAGUCAUUUAGCAGACGUUCUUAUCCAGAGCGACUUAGGGUGAAGUGCCUUUCUCAAGGGCACAUCAACAGAUUUUUCACCUAGGGGAUUCACACGAGCUAACUUUUGGUUACUGGUCCAACACUCUUAACCACUAGGCUACCUCCUGCCCCGUGUAAUCAUACUCAUUAUGAUGUAAAAGGCCUACUCCUACUCUGAGACUCGUUAGGAAUACGCAGAGCGUCCUGUUAAACUCCAGCCUACUUCACGUUCUACCCCACACAGUGAGUUCAGCUAGGAAUACGGGCCCAGAGCGUCCUGUUAAACUCCAGCCUACUCCACGUUCUACCCCACACAGUGAGUUCAGCUAGGAAUACGGGCCCAGAGCGUCCUGUUAAACUCCAGCCUACUCCACGUUCUACCCCACACAGUGAGUUCAGCUAGGAAUACGGGCCCAGAGCGUCCUGUUAAACUCCAGCCUACUCCACGUUCUACCCCACACAGCGAGUUCAGCUAGGAAUACGGGCCCAGAGCGUCCUGUUAAACUCCAGCCUACUCCACGUUCUACCCCACACAGUGAGUUCAGCUAGGAAUACGGGCCCAGAGCGUCCUGUUAAACUCCAGCCUACUCCACGUUCUACCCCACACAGUGAGUUCAGCUAGGAAUACGGGCCCAGAGCGUCCUGUUAAACUCCAGCCUACUCCACGUUCUACCCCACACAGUGAGUUCAGCUAGGAAUACGGGCCCAGAGCGUCCUGUUAAACUCCAGCCUACUCCACGUUCUACCCCACACAGUGAGUUCAGCUAGGAAUACGGGCCCAGAGCGUCCUGUUAAACUCCAGCCUACUCCACGUUCUACCCCACACAGUGAGUUCAGCUAGGAAUACGGGCCCAGAGCGUCCUGUUAAACUCCAGCCUACUCCACGUUCUACCCCACACAGUGAGUUCAGCUAGGAAUACGGGCCCAGAGCGUCCUGUUAAACUCCAGCCUACUUCACGUUCUACCCCACACAGUGAGUUCAGCUAGGAAUACGGGCCCAGAGCGUCCUGUUAAACUCCAGCCUACUUCACGUUCUACCCCACACAGUGAGUUCAGCUCAUAGACUGACCUUGGCACUUUUUGCUUCCACCCUUCUCUUCUUUUUUUUCUUGCCAGGGAGAAGUUUCUGUCGGCUCCACAAGCUUUCCGACAGACAAGGAAGGUCUGUGGCUUCUUCCUGUGUGAGUCCUCCUCCUCCUCCUCCUCCUCUUCCUCCUCCUGCAGCUGCAGCAGAUGUAAGUUGUGUGUGUGUGUGUGUGUGUGUGUGUGUGUGUGUGUGUGUGUGUGUGUGUGUGUGUGUGUGUGUGUGUGUGCGCGUGUGUGGCCAAGCCAGACAUCUCUUCCAUUACUAGAUAGAUAGGUUUGGAUAGGUUUUAUUUACACAAAUACAUGUGCCACAAUGGAGCACUUUGGCAGUUUACAAUAAAGCUUGCAUAAAAUACAGUAUCCUAUUUCAGGCAUAAAUCCUCUACAGCAACCCAACCCCUCAACCAUAAUCACAUGUCCAUCAGCUAUGAUAAUCACAUGUCCUUCAGCUAAGAUAAUCACAUGUCCUUCAGCUAUGAUAAUCACAUGUCCUUCAGCUAUGAUAAUCACAUGUCCAUCAGGUAUGAUAAUCACAUGUCCUUCAGCUAUGAUAAUCACAUGUCCUUCAGCUAUGAUAAUCACAUGUCCUGCAGCUAUGAUAAUCAACAUGUUCGCACAGGUAAUGAUAAUCACGUGUGCAUCAGGUAUGUAGAUGAUAUAUACUAUCCAUGACCGUACCAGUGUUUCCCGUAUAUUUAUGGUGGUGGGCCGCUGCUAAAUUGUUGCCGCUCCAAAAAAUGAAUAAUAUAUAUAUAUAUCUAAUAUAUAAUAUAUAUAAUAUAUUAUAUAUAUAGAUAUCUAUAUAUAUACUAAUAUACUUCUAUAGAUAUAUAUAUUAUAUACAUACAGUGAGGGGAAAAAAGUAUUUGAUCCCCUGCUGAUUUUGUACGUUUGCCCACUGACAAAGAAAUGAUCAGUCUAUAAUUUUAAUGGUAGGUUUAUUUGAACAGUGAGAGACAGAAUAACAACAAAAAAAAAACGCAUGUCAAAAAUGUUAUACAUUGAUUUUCAUUUUAAAUGAGGGAAAUAAGUAUUUGACCCCCCUCUCAAUCAGAAAGAUUUCUGUCUCCCAGGUGUCUUUUAUACAGGUAAUGAGCUGAGAUUAGGAGCACACUCUUAAAGGGAGUGCUCCUAAUCUCAGUUUGUUACCUGUAUAAAAGACACCUGUCCACAGAAGCAAUCAAUCAGAUUCCUAACUCUCCACCAUGACCAAGACCAAAGAGCUCUCCAAGGAUGUCAGGGACAAGAUUGUAGACCUACACAAGGCUGGAAUGGGCUACAAGACCAUCGCCAAGCAGCUUGGUGAGAAGGUGACAAUAGUUGGUGCGAUUAUUCGUCGCAAAUGGAAGAAACACAAAAGAACUGUCAAUCUCCCUCAGCCUGGGGCUCCAUGCAAGAUUUCACCUCGUGGAGUUGCAAUGAUCAUGAGAACGGUGAGGAAUCAGCCCAGAACUACACGGGAGGAUCUUGUCAAUGAUCUCAAGGCAGCUGGGACCAUAGUCACCAAAAAACAAUUGGUAACACACUACGCCGUGAAGGACUGAAAUCCUGCAGCGCCAGCAAGGUCCCCCUGCUCAAGAAAGCACAUAUACAGGCCCGUCUGAAGUUUGCCAAUGAACAUCUGAAUGAUUCAGAGGAGAACUGGGUGAAAGUGUUGUGGUCAGAUGAGACCAAAAUGGAGUUCUUUGGCAUCAACUCAACUCGCCGUGUUUGGAGGAGGAGGAGGAAUGCUGCCUAUGACCCAAAGAACACCAUCCCCACCAUCAAACAUGGAGGUGGAAACUUUAUGCUUUGGGGGUGUUUUUCUGCUAAGGGGACAGGACAACUUCACCGCAUCAAAGGGACGAUGGACAGGGCCAUGUACUAUCAAAUCUUGGGUGAGAACCUCCUUCCCUCAGCCAGGACAUUGAAAAUGGGUCGUGGGUGGGUAUUCCAGCAUGACAAUGACCCAAAACACAUGGCCAAGGCAACAAAGGAGUGGCUCAAGAAGAAGCACAUUAAGGUCCUGGAGUGGCCUAGCCAGUCUCCAGACCUUAAUCCCAUAUAAAAUCUGUGGAGGGAGCUGAAGGUUCGAGUUGCCAAACGUCAGCCUCGAAACCUUAAUGACUUGGAGAAGAUCUGCAAAGAGGAGUGGGUCAAAAUCCCUCCUGAGAUGUGUGCAAACCUGGUGGCCAACUACAAGAAAUGUCUGACCUCUGUGAUUGCCAACAAGGGUUUUGCCACCAAGUACUAAGUCAUGUUUUGCAGAGGGGUCAAAUACUUAUUUCCCUCAUUUAAAAUGCAAAUCAAUUUAUAACAUUUUUGACAUGCGUUAUUCUGGAUGUUUUUGUUGUUAUUCUGUCUCUCACUGUUCAAAAAACCUACCAUAAAAAUUAUAGACUGAUCAUUUCUUUGUCAGUGGGCAAACGUACAAAAUCAGCAGGGGAUCAAAUACUUUUUUCCCUCACUGUAUAUGUGUGUAUAUUUUCAGCAAACUUAGCAUGUGUAAAUAUUUGUAUGAACAUAACAAGAUUCAUCAACUGAGACAUAAACUGAACAAGUUCCACAGACAUGUGACUAACAGAAAUUGAUUAAUGUGUCCCUGAACAAAGGGGGGGGGGGGGGGGGGUCAAAAUCAAAAGUAACAGUCAGUAAAGUACUGCAUCUCCUCCUCAUGGACUGCACCAGAUUUGCCAGUUCUUGCUGUGAGAUGUUACCCCACUCUUCCACCAAGGCACCUGCAAUUUCCCAGACAUUUCUGGGGGGAAUGUCCCUAGCCCUCACCCUCCGAUCCAACAGGUCCCAGACGUGCUCAAUGGGAUUGAGAUCCGGGCUCUUCGCUGGCCAUGGCAGAACACUGACAUUCCUGUCUUGCAGGAAAUCACGCACAGAACGAGCAGUAUGGCUGGUGGCAUUGUCAAGCUGGAGGGUCAUGUCAGGAUGAGCCUGCAGGAAGGGUACCACAUGAGGGAGGAGGAUGUCUUCCCUGUAGCGCACAGCGUUGAGAUUGCCUGCAAUGACAACAAGCUCAGUCCGAUGAUGCUGUGACACACCGCCCCAGACCAAAUCGAUCCCGCUCCAGACUACAGGCCUCGGUGUAACGCUCAUUCCUUCGACGAUAAACGCGAAUCCGACCAUCACCCCUGGUGAGACAAAACCGCGACUCGUCAGUGAAGAGCACUUUUUGCCAGUCCUGUCUGGUCCAGCGACUGUGGGUUUGUGCCCAUAUGCGACGUUGUUGCCGGUGAUGUCUGGUGAGGACCUUUAGAGCUUCUGCUAAAUGUAAAUGUAAAAAUGUAACUCAGUAAAAUCUUUGAAAUUGUUGCAUGUUGUGUUUAAUAUUUUUGUUCAGUAUGUACAGUGGGGAAAAAAAGUAUUUAGUCAGCCACCAAUUGUGCAAGUUCUCCCACUUAAAAAGAUGAGAGAGGCCUGUAAUUUUCAUCAUAGGUACACGUCAACUAUGACAGACAAAAUGAGAAAAAAACAUCCAGAAAAUCACAUUGUAGAAUUUUUAAUGAAUUUAUUUGCAAAUUAUGGUGGAAAAUAAGUAUUUGGUCAAUAACAAAAGUUUCUCAAUACUUUUAUAUACCCUUUGUUGGCAAUGACACAGGUCAAACAUUUUCUGUAAGUCUUCACAAGGUUUUCACACACUGUUGCUGGUAUUUUGGCCCAUUCCUCCAUGCAGUCCUCUAGAGCAGUGAUGUUUUGGGGCUGUCGCUGGGCAACACGGACUUUCAACUCCCUCCAAAGAUUUUCUAUGGGGUUGAGAUCUGGAGACUGGCUAGGCCACUCCAGGACUUUGAAAUGCUUCUUACGAAGCCACUCCUUCGUUGCCCGGGCGGUGUGUUUGGGAUCAUUGUCAUGCUGAAAGACCCAGCCACGUUUCAUCUUCAAUGCCCUUGCUGAUGGAAGGAGGUUUUCACUCAAAAUCUCACGAUACAUGGCCCCAUUCAUUCUUUCCUUUACACGGAUCAGUCGUCCUGGUCCCUUUGCAGAAAAACAGCCCCAAAGCAUGAUGUUUCCACCCCCAUGCUUCACAGUAGGUACGGUGUUCUUUGGAUGCAACUCAGCAUUCUUUGUCCUCCAAACACGACGAGUUGAGUUUGUACCAAAAAGUUCUAUUUUGGUUUCAUCUGACCAUAUGACAUUCUCCCAAUCCUCUUCUGGAUCAUCCAAAUGCACUCUAGCAAACUUCAGACGGGCCUGGACAUGUACUGGCUUAAGCAGGGGGACACGUCUGGCACUGCAGGAUUUGAGUCCCUGGCGGCGUAGUGUGUUCCUGAUGGUAGGCUUUGUUACUUUGGUCCCAGCUCUCUGCAGGUCAUUCACUAGGUCCCCCCGUGUGGUUCUGGGAUUUUUGCUUCUUGUUCUUGUGAUCAUUUUGACCCCACAGGGUGAGAUCUUGCGUGGAGCCCCAGAUCGAGGGAGAUUAUCAGUGGUCUUGUAUGUCUUCCAUUUCCUAAUAAUUGCUCCCACAGUUGAUUCCUUCAAACCAAGCUGCUUACCUAUUGCAGAUUCAGUCUUCCCAGCCUGGUACAGGUCUACAAUUUUGUUUCUGGUGUCCUUUGACAGCUCUUUGGUCUUGGCCAUAGUGGAGUUUGGAGUGUGACUGUUUGAGGUUGUGGACAGGUGUCUUUUAUACUGAUAACAAGUUCAAACAGGUGCCAUUAAUACAGGUAAUGAGUGGAGGACAGAGGAGCCUCUUAAAGAAGAAGUUACAGGUCUGUGAGAGCCAGAAAUCUUGCUUGUUUGUAGGUGACCAAAUACUUAUUUUCCACCAUAAUUUGCAAAUAAAUUCAUUAAAAAUCCUACAAUGUGAUUUUCUGGAAUUUUUUUUCUCAUUUUGUCUGUCAUAGUUGACGUGUACCUAUGAUGAAAAUUACAGGCCUCUCUCAUCUUUUUAAGUGGGAGAACUUGCACAAUUGGUGGCUGACUAAAUACUUUUUUCCCCACUGUUUAUAUAAACAGCUAACUGUGUAAUAUAAAAUGCAACAAAAAAAUGGGAUGGAAAAACGUUUUCAGUUUAAACUUAACGACUAAAACCAGAUAUAAAGUAUGUGGAAAAGAGAAUGCCACCAUAUUUUUUAAAAAUAAGAUCAUCUUUGAGAAUGAACAAUCACCAAAAUGAAAACUAGACGGUCAGGGAGAAUCUAAAAUUCAAAAAAUGUCAUGGCAUGCGGCCCUCAUUGAUUUUCUUAUAAUGUUUAAGUCACUCAGGUAGCAUAAGAAGAGGCAUAAGCCAUGGCAAAAUGCGUCGAAUUGCAGGAAACUAGCUUUAAAACUGUAAAAUAUUCUCUCUCCCCAUGGCAAAAUGCGUCGAAUUGCAGGAAACUGGCUUUAAAACUGUAAAAUAUUAUCUCUCCCCAUGGCAAAAUGCGUCGAAUUGCAGGAAAACGGCAACAUGUUGUCUCUGCAGCCAAGAGGAGGUUGUCUGAAAUGAUUGGUCAGAGACGAUGCCGUUGGCCACACCCACUACCACUAAUAGCCUUCUCAGGGAAGGAAGGCUACUAAAUCAUCCAAAGUCAACACACUGGGGCUGCUGUGGGAAAGAGGGAGCUGAGUAGGCCCUGUGGACACAGAGCAGGAGGAAGAUGUGUGUGUGUGUGUGUUUGAGCGUGUGUGUGUGUGUGUGUGUUUGAGCGUGUGUGUGUGUGUGUGUGUGUGUGUGUGUGUUUGAGCGUGUGUGUGUGUGUGUGUGUGAGCAUGCCCUCUCUUAAUGCAUACUCUCAUCAUAACAUGCCAUGUGUGGGGGCGGCAGGUAGCCUAGCGGUUAAAGAGCAUUGGGCCAGUAACCAAAAGAUUGAGCAAGGCACUUAACCCUAAUUGCUCCUGUUAGUCGCUCUGGAUAAGUGCGUCUGCUAAAAUGUUGCGGUGGGCUCUAGGUCUAGUGUAUCCGUGUGUCACCCACAGCUCCCUACGACCUCCCCCAGAGCAGAGCUGAUGUAUGUUGACACCCAGGUGAGGUGAGCGGUCCUGAGCGCAGUGCCCUGGCAGGCGCAACAACGGGCCAUUCAGGGGUGGAGCUACGUCACCCUAACUCAGCCUCUGUCACAACCCUACUCCCAACGCAGUGGCUAUCAAUCCACCUCUAUUUACCCAUCCUCCCUCUCUAUGGGCCACACUCUAUGCAAGCAUCCCAAAUGGCACCCUAUUCCUUAUGUAGUGCACUACUUCUGACCAGAGUAGGGCUUUAUAUAGGGCCUAUUCCUUAUGUAGUGCACUACUUCUGACCAGAGUAGGGCUUUAUAUAGGGAAUAGGGUGCCAUUUGGGAUGCAAGCUGUGGAAUAUUCUCAGUCAGAGGAAAUCUGAAUAUUCUGAUGCAAUUCAUUAGAUAAAUGUGAAAUGCAUAUUGCUUUAUUUUAUGGGAAGAAAUCAUAUGGCCAGUCAGCAUGUUUUUCUUGCCAUACCGUUAGAUCACAGGAGGUUGGUGGCACCUUAAUUUGGGGAGGACAAGGCUCGUGGUAAUGGCUGGAUCGGAAUCAGUGGAAUGGCAUCAAAUACAUAAAACAACAUGGUUUCCAUGGUGUUUGAUUCCAUUCCAUUUGCUCUGUUCUGGCCAUUACUAUGAGCCGUCCUCCCCUCAGCGUCCUCCUGUGCAUUAGAUCAGAGGACGCGUUCAAGCUUUUAAUGUACCUCAGUUUGACACAAGAUGAACGAAGACCGUUAAAUAUUUCCCCCUUUUGGUUAAUUCUGUAAAUGUACCCCUCCCACCUCUGCUUAUAAACCCUGCAGUUUCUGGAACAUCCUUUGAGCUGCCGAGUCUUUUACAGCGCUGUAAAAAUGGAUUAGGAGCAAAUGUUCCAUAUCCCCAAAAAUGUAUCUAGGGCUUCCGGAGCUAGGUCUUGGCUUCGGGACUGAUCAUAAUGCAUUUAACAGAUCGCUUAUAAAGUCAAGCGUUGCCUACUGUAGUAGAUGUCUUACUAUGAUGAAACCACUGUUUAUAAGGGAUACAUGAUACGAUCAAAACGCUGUUUAUGAGGGAUACAUGAUGAUGCAUCAUGUAGCAGCAAGGGGAAGCAAGCUGAUUUCCACAUUCGUCCCUUUUUCAUAUCAGAGACAGACUGAUUUGCUGCUUUCUUGCCAAUACCUACACUCCCUACUGUGUCUCCUACUGAAACCAUCUGUUCCCUGUGGGCUCUGGUCAGAAGUAGUGUACUGUAUGUGGAAUAGGGUGCCAUUUGAGACGCUACCAGACACACCUCAACCUGAGAGACGGGUUGACAGCCGAGGGGUUUGUGUGUCAGAAAAGCCACCUGUCCCCUGUCCUCCCCCUGUGGGUCCCCUGGGAGCUGUUGGAGACCCGAUCAAGUGUCUGUCAGUGAUCCACACACAGGCUGAGUGAUCAACAAGGGCCAGGUGGUGAAGAAGAGGGUGACACAAAUCUCCCAGAGGGACACAGGUCAGAUCAGGUGCCCUCUGUGGUUAACAGCAGUGUUUCCCCCUACCUUGACAUCCCCUACCCGUGGCGGCGGCUUGUCUGACUUGGUGCGUCAUUUAUACUAGUUCACCUUACACCAAUAGCAGUUUUCCUCUGGGCAAGUCAUGAUGUGGUAUUUUGAGGUGGAAUUAGGUUGAGCGUGUGGGCACGUUCGACAUUGCAGCCGACUUCAAAGUCGAGACUACAAAUCACCUUGCAUCAUAUAAAUAACUACUCAAUAUUAUUUGUAGAUCAGUCUGUCAUAAUUUACCCAUGAUGCAUCAACGUUUUGAUGCUCACGAACACGGCCUGUGUCUGUGCCUGUCUCCAGGUAACCCUGCAGCCAUGGGGAAGCCCUACAAGGAGGAUGGUUCUGAGGCAUCCAGCCAAGAGGAAGGUGUGUGUGAGUACCCCCCCCCCCCCCCCCCCACCCACCCACCCACCCAAUCCGGUUCACCCCUCACCACCCACCAACCCAGUCCACCCUACACCCUACUCAUUCCAACAUGGUUACCCCCUAACACCAUUGGGCUCCGUCCCACCCUAACCCAGUUCACCCUGAACCCCCCACCCCCCUAGUCACUCCCCUCGCCACAACCCUUUAUACACCCCAGUUUGGAGUAAAAAUCUACAGGAAGUGUAUCCUAGGAGACUGACAAUUUUUGACAGUUGGUCAAAACCUGAGCUGGUGGGAGGAGUAGUGAGAGUUGUUGAUUUGAAAAGGGUUGUUGCAGAAACGUUUAGCCUAUUCCUCGCAAGGUUUUGCCUAAACUCCAGUGAAAUAGCCUAUUUAACUAAGUUGCGUAGCUCGGCAGCUAACCCAUGUGUGAACCUGAUUUAGGGGUUGAUUCAUUUAGUUUCCACCAAGGAAGGGGAAGGGAAGGGAGAAAUGCACAGUGCAUGAGAGGGAGUCCUGUACUCCAGCAGGCUAACAAGUAGCGCUACAUCGCUAACUCCAACUUUUAUGGCUCCUGUGUAUUUUGGAAAGCAUGCGCUCUCUCUCUCUCUCUCUCUCUCUCUCUCUCUCUCUCUCUCUCUCUCUCUCUCUCUCUCUCUCUCUCUCUCUCUCUCUCUCUCUCUCUCUCUCUCUCUCUCUCUCUCUCUCUCUCUCUCUCUCUCUCUCUCUCUCUCUCUCUCUCUCUCUCUCUCUCUCUCUCUCUCUCUCUCUCUCUCUCUCUCUCUCUCUCUCUCUCUCUCUCAAGGGCUUUAUUGGCAUGGGAAACGUAUGUUAACUUUGCCAAAGCAAGUGAAGUAGAUAAUAAACAAAAGUGAAAUAAACAAUAAAUAUUAACAGUAAACAUUACACUCAGAAGUUCCAAAAGAAUAAAGACAUUUCAAAUGUCAUAUUAUGUAUAUAUAUACAGUGUUGUAACCAUGUGCAAAUAGUUAAAGUACAAAGGGGAAAAUAAAUAAACAUAAAUAUAGGUUGUAUUUACAAUGGUGUUUGUUCUUCACUGGUUGCCCUUUUCUUGUGGCAACAGGUCACAAAUCUUGCUGCUGUGAUGGCACACUGUGGUUUUUCACCCAGUAGAUAAGGGAGUUUAUCAAAAUUGGAUUUGUUUUCGAAUUCUUUGUGGGUCUGUGUAAUCUGAGAGAAAUAUGUGUCUCUAAUAUGGUCAUACAUUUGGCAGGAGGUUAGGAAGUGCAGCUCAGUUUAGGGCCAAAUAGCAUUCUAGUUUGCUCUGUUUUUUUGUAAAUUCUUUCCAGUGUGUCAAGUAAUUAUAUUUUAGUUUUCUGUCUCUCUCUCUCUCUCUCUCUCUUUAUGUCUCUCUCUCUGUGUCUCUUUUAUUUCUGUCUCUCUCUCUCUCGCUGUCUCUCUCGCUCUCUCUUUCUGUCUCUCUCUCUGUGUCUCUGUCUGUCUUUCUGUCUCUCUGUCUUUCUGUCUCUCUCUGUCUUUCUGUCUCUCUGUCUCUCUCUCUCUUUCUGUCUGGCUGUGUCUCUCGUGUCUCUCUGUCUCUGUCUUUCUGUCUCUCUCUCUCUCUCUCUCUCUCUCUCUCUCUCUCUCUCUCUCUCUCUCUCUCUCCCUCCCUCUGUGUAUCUCUCUCUCCCUCUGUCUCUCUGUCUCUCUCUCAAUUCAAUUUCAAUUUAAGGGGCUUUAUUGGAAUGGGAAACAUAUUUUUACAUUGCCAAAUCAAGUGAAAUAGACAAACAAAAGGGAAAUAAACAAUCAAAAAUGAACAGUAAACAUUACACAAAAGUUUUAAAGAAUAUAGACAUUUCAAAUAAUAUGUUAUAUGAUUGGCUCUGUCUCUAUUUCUGUCUCUCUCUCUCUCUUUUUCUCUCUCUGAUUCGCUCUCUCUCUCUGAUUCUCUCUGAUUCUCUCUCUCUCUCUCUGAUUCUCACUCUCUCCGGUUCUCUCUGAUUCUCUCUCUCUCUCUAUCUCUCUCUGAUUAUCUCUCUCUCUGAUUCUCUAUCUCGCUCUGAUUAUCUCUCUCUCUGAUUCUCUCUCUGAUUCUCUCUCUGAUCCUCUCUCUCGCCCUCUGAUUCUCUCUCUCUGACUCUGAUUCUCUCUCUGACUCUCUGAUUAUCGCUCUCUGACUGAUUCUCUCUCUCUGACUCUGAUUCUCUUUGACUCUGAUUCUCUCUCUGACUCUCUGAUUAUCGCUCUCUGACUGAUUCUCUCUCUCUGACUCUUUGAUUCUGACUCUCUGAUUCUCUCUCUCUAACUCUUUGAUUCUGACUCUGAUUCUCUCUCUCUGACUCUUUGAUUCUGACUCUCUGAUUCUCUCUCUCUAACUCUUUGAUUCUGACUCUCUGAUUCUCUCUCUCUCUAACUCUCUGAUUCUCUCUCUGACUCUCUGAUUCUCUCUCUCUUCCCUCCCUUGCAUUUUGAGGCUAUAUUUUGCCCGUCGUCCUUGCUCUGGGCUCGCAGACUAAUCACAGGCCUAGGGAUGCUAAUGCUAGCCCCUGUGGCGCUGUGGUAUAUCUCCCUGUCUCCCAGAAAACAGCCUUUGGACCUGGUAGCAGUAGGUAGAGUACAGUACAAUGUCAUCUUAUGGGACUAAUGUACUAGGCAGCAGGGACGGAGGGACGGAGGUAGGGAGGGAGGGAGGGAGGGAGGGAGGGAGGGAGUUUGGAAUGAAGCCCUUGAGGACAGCAGCAACCUUCAUAAUUAAUCUCUUAACUCAAGGGCAGGCCAGAACACAGUGGUGAGUUGUGAUCUUCUGACUGGGAGACACCAACAAAACAUACAUUGUUGUGUGUGUGUGUGUGUGUGUGUGUGUGUGUGUGUGUGUGUGUGUGUGUGUGUGUGUGUGUGUGUGUGUGUGUGUGUGUGUGUGUGUGUGUGUGUGUGUGUGUGUGUGUGUGUGUGUGUGUGUGUGUGUGUGUGUGUGUGUGUGCGCGCGUGCGUGCGCACAGUACUGUGAUAUUCAGAUGUGCAGCAUACACUUUCACUGCAAGCUUAGCUAAACCAAUGAAUGUCCUAUUAGUAAAAUAACUUAGCUAUGUCAUAAAGCAUUACAAUGUUUCUCAAUGAGGAAUGCCUGUUGCUACUCACUGAUCUCACUAGGGAUGGAAAGACUGAAAUGUUGAUUAAAGUGCAUUGGUUUCCUGUCAACUAUGAAUUGGUGAAUUAAUAAAUGUCUCUACCCUUCAGAUUUGGAGCCAUACUUUCAGGGGCACCGGAAGAAACAUGGCAGCAAUAGCCCCAGCCUUAGGUAGGCACCCUGUUGUCCAAUUACAAUUCAGAAAGUAAAUCACAUUUAAAUUCCAAAUGUUCCUCAUGGAAAAGCAUUGAAGUGAAUUAGAAUUGGAAUCCCAUUGUACUUCCUGAAUUGACUGGAUUUUAAAAGGAAUUGACCCAACCCUAGAAGGCAGAAGUUGCUCCUAAUCACUAGUCCAGAGACUACCUGAUGAUUAUGGUUUGGAAUGGGGAUAGAGUAGCCUGAUCCUAGAUAUGUGGUUAGGAGUGAAUCAGAUCUACACCAUAGAUUUGUUUCUGACGAAAGACCUGAAAAUUAUUCUUAUUUCCCCUCCCUUUUUUCCCCCAGCAUUCCCGAUGCCAAAAGUUCCCAGGGGGAGAGCAUUCGGAGGGGGGCACACAGCUCAAAGCACAACAGCCUGCCUGACUGGUGGAGGAAGCGCUGCACCCUUCAACCCGACCAGGAGUCCUCUGGGGGGCCGGGCCCAGAGCAGGAGUCCUCUGGGGGGCCAGGCCCAGAGCAGGUGAGACGGACAGAGAACAAGGCUACAUCCCAAUUUCCUGGUGAAAUAGAGGGGCUCUGUAUAGGGAAUAGGGUACCAUUUCAGAUGCAACCCAAUUCUCACAAAAUGCAAAAGAAUUUACAGUUAAUGCCAUGCAAUUAAACCAUUUGUUUUUCAGAUCGUUUUGUAUCAUGUUCAGUGUAUGAACAUGCAUUUCGAUUGGUUGUUUUUGUUUUAUGACUUUUUAAAAUGGCCCCACCAAAAACAAACUGCAAAUGCAUCCAUCAAGUUUGUAGAGUCACAAGCUUGAUGUAGUCAUUGCGUAUUAGGAAUAUGGGGCCAAGUACUACACUUGACUAAAUUUAAUACACUUUUAAGUGAAUUUGUCCAAAUACUUAUGACACCUUCAAAAUGGGGGGAUUAGAUACCUACAUAAAGUGCUUUCAUUUCUAAACGGUAAAACAGAUGCACUACUAUGGCAUUCCUGCUCUGGCAUAUAGUAUAAUUUACAUUUCAUUUCAGUCAUAUAAUGGAGCCAUAUGUUCUAAAAGGCACACAUGGUCGAGUACUCUCCUCCUGGAGAGCAAAUGGAUGUUCAGGGUUUUGCUCCAGCCCUACUUUAAAAAACACACCUCAUUCUAUUAAUACACUCAAAUCGGGUUUGUUAGAGCAAAAAGUCUGCACGUUACAAUGUAGCGGACCGGUUCUUCAGAUGGUUAGCUGAUAUCGAUUUAGUCCAUUUGCAAGUGUUAAUUUUAAUAAACUCAAAAUACACACACACACACACACACACACACACACACACACACACACACACACAGUGGUUUAGGAGGAAGGAACUUCCCCUGGUACCUAACAGAAUCUAUCUGGUCCACAGCAUCAGGACAGGAGGAGCAGCCACCCUGCCACCAAAAGGCAGCCACAGGGACCGGACAGGUAAUCACUGGCUACAUCAAUGUUCAACCCACCAGGGACAGGUAAUCACUGGCUACAUCAAUGUUCAACCCACCAGGGAAUCAGGGGGGCCGUAUGUACCAGUUGUCUCAGAGUAGGAGUGCUGAGUUAGGAUCAGUUUUGCCUUUUUAGAUACCAAAUGCAUAAUAUCAUAUUGACAGGGGGACCUGAUCCUAGUGUCUACUGAGAAAAGCCAGUAAAGUGCGUUUGAAGGAGGCAAGAAGACAGUCAGUCGCUAACCCAGUGAAUACAGUCAUUAUCACCCACCUUCUAAAAGGGUCCUCACAUUGACUGACAGUGAAGAGACUUCCCUGCACAGACAUACUGGCUCAGUGACAGUACAGUUUCUACAUUGUGAUAGGUGUUGCUUCGUAGACAUAUUUGUUUGUUACAGUGCGACUGUGUUCAGGAAACCCCUACCAGCACAAUGGUGCCUGUCAGAGAAGGCCUAGCCUUAUGCUAGAUAGCGUGCUAUCAGAAGAGCGUUAGCGUCAAUCCCUCCCACCACAGGGCCUGACAGAGAGGACCAGGCAUUAUGCUAGCGUGCUAACAACUGAGCGUUAGCCAUCCAGUCUCCUGUACUACCAACUAGUCUGUCGAGCAACAGGCUUCAGUUCCUCUUCUCCUUCCUCAUUUAUCCUGUAUCCUUUUUGUCGCUUCCUCCUUCAGAGAAAAGGGGAAGUACUUGGCGAACGGGAGCGCGGUGACAUCAGCUUCUCAGCGAGCGCGACAGUCCACAGGGAAAGGUUGGUAUCGAUGGAGAUGAUUUUUUGCCCUGGCAGUCUUCCUAUCCUAAAGCUCUGAAACGCCAUCAGCUCUGUGGAGCAACUGCUUGUUGUGUGGAGGAAAGGCUUAAGCGACAGACUCACCAGAGCAAGCAGAUCGAGGCGGGUGGAAAGGCAGAGCAGGGACUGUAUGCUAGCAGGAUAGUCCAUAUCUCCAGUGUUGUUUCCAUAAGUGGAUGAAUUGGUCUAAUUUGGCAUGUAUUCUGAAGCCUCAGCCCCCUAGCUACCUCUUUCAAUUAAAAUGAAAAAAAAGUGAAUAAUAACAGCAUUUGUAUUAUUUUGUGUGACUACAGCGCCAACGAUAAAAUGCUAAAAUAGAGACCCGUUCAAAUUGAGCGAGGCCUCGGUUGGGUAAUUAUAAUUCAAAACAAUGCAUUCUAAAAUAAAUCAUACACACUUUGCACGCUCGCCAUUGGUGAGUUUAGGCCUUUACGUCUUGUAGUAACUCCAUUCAACCAACAGAGAGCAAUGUUGUACAAGUUUAUAAGGCAUGGCUUUUCAGUCAACUUUUGAUCCGCUUAUCUGUAUGCCUUAGCACACCCAUAUGCCUUCAGAGGUUUUAUUGGAUGUUAAUCAAAGCUUUGCAAUCAUAUUUUUCUGCUAAAUGGCAUAUUAAAAAAAUGUAAUAUUAAAAAUAUUUUAGCUAAAUCUAAUUAUUUAAUUAAUGUUGGGGUUGUGUGUGUCCUAAAGGCCGUCUAGACGGAGGAUCCAGUCAGGAGGUAUACGGCGAAACCUCGUCUGAGAGCUACAGCUCCGCCUCCAGCCCACAGCACCACGAACCAGAGAGCCUGGACAGCGAGGACGAGACGGACAAAGGUGAGACAUGCACAACAUCACUGAGACUUCUCUCUCUCGCUCUCUUAUUUUUGGGACAUCACUGAGACUUUUCUCUCUCUCUCUCUCUCUCUCUCUCUCAUUCUCUCUCUUGCUCUCACCCUCACCCAGAUACGGACAGUAGCCAGGGCCAAGCGGACGCCUUCUUCCCCUGGCAGGAGGUUGCAGGUGGGGCCAUGCCCACCAUCCACGCCCUAGUCUCUGCCAAGCCUGUCGGGGAGCCCCCCUGCCCCGAGACCAGCCUGGACUGUUCCCCCAUCAACUUCAUGCACCCCCUGCCCUACAUGCUGCCCAAUGGGGCACUACAUGUCGAUGCCCCUCUCCCAGUCCUGCCCCCCCCUCAGGUUGCAGCUGCCCUGGUAGACAACAAGGUGGUCGGAGGGCUGAUCAUGCAGGUGCCCCUGGUCCGCCGAGAGCCCAAGCCCACUCCCCUGCCAGUUCCCGUGCCAGGGGAUCCAGAGAAGAGGGAUACCCCUGCUGCAGUGCCCAUGGUACUCCCAGGGUUUGGCUCCCCAGCCCUGGGCUUACACUCCCCUGGCCUUCCUGCCCUGCAGCCCCUGGUCCAGCACUUCAAGACGGCCCCUCCACAGACCACUGCCAGCUCUGACGGUGUCACCGCCCUCCCUGUUAUCAGUGUCAUCACCCCCGGGCCGCCCUAUGCCUCACCCCUGCAGCCUGCCUACCCCAACCCAGACCCUGCCGCCUCCCUAACCCCCUCCGUACCCCUGGGGAACCAUAGUAUCCCUCACACCAAGCACCCAGACAUGGCUCUUUUCUCGGGCCUGCCCUCCCUGUACACCAUGGCCCCAAUCCCCACUUCCGUCACGGCCACGCUAGGGGCAGGGGUAGGGCCUUCCGCUGGUCAGGUUCAGGCGGUGGUGCCCCCGUCAGUGCCCACCCAUACCCCCGGCCCAGCGCCCAACCCUGCCAUCACCUACAGCACAGUCCAGAGCGACUCCACCUCCUACAUCAACAGCACCAGCUGCACCAGUAACCCCAUCGCCCAGCAACAGGCGCAACAACAACAACAACAACAACAACAACAACAACAACAAACGACUCCCCAGCUACAGGCCAUGUGCUGCGGGGCGUGCGGUUGCCGAGGUGGUUGCCAUACAGCUCCGUCGUUUUUCUUCCCCCACCAGAUGGCGCCACGGCAGGUGUUUGGCGUGCCGCCCAUCUUCCAGCUUACGUCCCUGUGCACCAGCAACUACCUCAGCCAGCCACCCCCACAGAGCAACGGCCGGGCCCAGCUGCCAUUCUUUCCCCCCGCCCCGGCCCCCUACGUUGGCCAGACCCUGCUGCACACCCACCCCAACUCUGACCACGUACUGGCCAACCAGCUAGGCUACAGCCUCCAGCAGAUGGUGUCGCCCUUCAACCGCUUCUACCCGCACAUGUACCCCUCCAGCGUGGGUAUGGUGCACGGGGCGGGAGCCGUUGGCGUCAACAAGAAGAACGGCAGCGUCUCCUGCUACAACUGUGGGGUCACUGGGCACUACGCACAGGACUGCAAACAGCCCUCCAUUGAUUCGACACAGCAAGGUAAUAACGCCACGGCCAGGGGCCUCUUCAGAUGGACCCCUCUGCCCCCCGCUGCAGCACCCCCCCCCCCCAAGUAG